UCUGUGGCCUCCCGGGCCGGAAGCGAGCGCGAGGAGGGCGGGAGGGAGAGAGACUUCCUCCGCCGGUCGCCCAGGAGCCGAGAGGAGCCUCCGAGGCCGGUCUCCUCCGGCUGACCGGGCGUCACGGCCCUUGGCUUGGCACCAUGGUGUCUGUCAUGAUGGCAACGUCAGAGUGGAUUCAGUUCUUCAAAGAAGCUGGGAUCCCCCCGGGGCCUGCUGUCAACUACGCCGUCAUGUUUGUGGAUAAUAGGAUCCAGAAGAACAUGCUGAUGGACCUCAACAAGGAGAUCAUGAACGAGCUGGGCAUCACCAUCGUCGGAGAUAUCAUUGCCAUCCUCAAACAUGCCAAAGUUGUGUACAGGCAGGAAAUGUGCAAGGCUGCUACAGAAUCGGUGGCUUCCAGCCAGCCCACCCUGCAGUCUGAACUCCGUCGGAAUGCCAACAGCGCUGCCACUCGGAUGAUUGCAAACAGCUUGAGCCGAGACUCCCCACCUUCCACCCCGGUCCGAAGACCCGACACCAGCACCUCCAAAAUCUCCAUCACGGUCUCCAAUAAAAUGGCAGCCAAGAAUGCCAAAGCAGCUCUCUGCAGUCCGGAGGCCGAGAACUCCACGCUCCCAGUGAAGCGCCGCCGCGUCACGGCAGAGAUGGAAGGGAAGUACAUUGUCCACAUGCCCAAGGGAACCACCCCCAGGACCAAGAAGAUCCUGGAGCAGCAGCAGGCAGCCAAAGGGCUACAGAGAACCUCCGUGUUUGACCGGCUGGGCGCAGAGACCAGCGUGGAUACAACCACAGGAAGCAAGCCCACAGGAGUCUUCAGCCGCCUAGGGGACAUGCAGGAGGCCGAGGAGGACAAAUCAGUGGAGAGCGACGAUGACAGCUCCGUCUUGCAGUACGCCGGGGUGCUGAAGAAAUUCUUCAAGCCCUCGAGGCCCAAGGAGAGCGCCAAGGCCGCCGGGGCGACGGUCAAAGCCAAAGCCACCAGCUCUGAGCCCCAGCUGAAGGCCACAGCCACCCCUGCCCUCCAGCGGCUGGGGAGCAAGAGCCUGGCGGAAAGGAAGGAGAAGAAGGCUGAGCCGCCUCCGCUGCAAGGCGGCAUGGCCAAGAGACUGGGUAAGCGCCCUCUGCCUGCCGAGGCCCAGGACAGCCAGGUCACCAGCUCCAGGAGCAAGCCGGAGUCCGAUUUCCGAGUCACCAUCAAGAGAACUUUGGGCAGCGCGAAGGUAAGCAGCACCACGGAGGGCCCCAGCGCCCAGAUGGACAACACGGGCACCGUCAGCGUCUUUAAGCGGUUGGGCAGGAAGGCGGUGUGAGCUGGGCCCCCCACCCACCCCGGCGCACCCUUCGCCUGCAUGCGUGUGGGAGACCCUCUUUGGACAGCUUGAAGUCGGCGCCCCCUCUCCCCCGUCUGCAACACAAACGGGCUCUUGCGCGGCCUCCGGGCGGAGGACGGCUUCUGUGAAGCUUGGCGUCGGUUCUCCCAGCUGUUUCCACAGGUCUGUGGGGCAGGAGCGGAACUGGGGGGGUCUUGCGUGGCUGCAUGGCCCACCUCAAGGCAGCGGCUUGCCAGUGCUGGAGGUGGCACCCACCCAACGGAGCAUUGCUGGGGUCGGGGUGAGGGCUCCCAGUGGGCGCGAGAGGUCAUGUUGCACUGAACCCUCCUUUCUCUGUCUCUGUUAUUUCCCCUCUGCAGGUCCUUGCUCUCUCCUAGGAAGUAGGUGCCUUGAGGGCCCCGUAAGAGCUUGCAAGAGGCAGUAGAUCCCUUCCCCACCCCCACCCCACCCUUUCUUUUCCAUCUUUUCCAAGCGUUUACCUGCCACUUUCCUGCAUCUUAGGAACGGCAACUGAACAGCUGGCCAGAAAUUUCCUCUUGCUGGACACUGGGAUCGCGCAGUCAGCCAGCGGGGCCCUAGUGCUGAGUUUUGCCUCCUGCCGGGAGGAGGAGGAAAAUUCUGGCCGGCUCCUCUUUGGUUUCCAUCUCUCCUCUGAGCAGGAGAGGAAUUUCUCCUGGCCUGGCUGUGGCAUGUGAGACGAGGUUCUUGUGGGGGCAGGAGAUGGUUUCAUGUGUCAAGAGUCCCAAACUGGGCUGGCUCUCCUGCCCAAGCGUCCUGAAGCAGCGCUGCUCAGCUGGGAAAGGGGAAGAGAGGGCCAGGUCUC